AGGAAGAGGCAAAGAGAGAGGCCCAACUCGACGGAAAAUCUGUCUCCCUCCAGCAGGUCACGUUUUUUCGACCACCAAGCAAGGAGUUUUUGUAUAGAGGUCAAUGAGCGAGUAUCGAAUUUGGUCAACAAAAAACUAAUUAUUUAUUUGCUACGUGAGGUUUUUUUGAUGGAAUAGAAGUUUUGUAAUGUUUAGGUUGUCAUGAGUUUAGUGAGAUAAGUAGGACACGUGACAUUCCGGCAACUCGCGUUGUCUCGAGAUGGCUAUGCAUAUUCAUUGUAUGAGGCUAGUAGCAUAGCAUCUUUCCAUCCAAUACAGGCGGUUGACGUCAACAACCCUCAUCAAAUAUUCAAGAGUAUUAAAACAAUUAGACGUAUCCACCGAUCCAAGGAUAGGCGGGAGCAAGACAGCCCGCCAUGCCGCUUCGUGGACAACAAUUGCCAUUGUUAGGGGGGAGAGAAGCAUCUUAUCAGUAUAUCCAUCAUCUUUGUCUACACAUCGGCUCGAGGUCUAGGGUCAGAUUGCCCAAUCCCAAACCCUAGAUUUAACGGCAUGGAGGAUAAAAACGAUCUGACUCUGAUCCAGAGGUUAGAGGCAACCUCUUCAACACCGAGUGGAAAUGCACAUUUCCACACAGUUACAUAACAAAAUAAACGUCCCUCCAAUGUUGACACACACAUCCACUAGGCUUACCAAAAUGCCUCGUUUAAUGCAAUAACAAUAAAACAUGGACAUUGCGUGACAUACCUCUGAAAGCUUGUGCCUUUUAGCUUUCCGUAGAAUGACGCGUUUAAAUGAUGUCAUGUGAGUAAACUGCGAUUCGUCCCAUGGAUACGAGGGACGCUGUUUACAGUGAAACGUUGGAUACAUUGUAGCGAUCGUGGUUGAUCGAUCCAAGGCCAAAUCAUGUUGUUGCUACAAUGUUCAUCUCAGAACGGACACAUCUAAUCAAGUGCAUAUGUCGUAUGCACUCGUCUGCUGGUUUUGUACACGACUGCAAAGCAGAUAUAUUCUUGCAAGCAGCCCAGUGUAAAUCUAAUAGAUAGAAUGUGGAAUCGUGGCAGGAGUACAGCUCUGGAAAGAGCACAGGCACAGCUCUCAGAGAGGAGAAUUACCAAAAACACUGCCGACUCAAAGGAUAACCCAGAGCGUCAUGUGGCCAAAGGAACAGUUAAAACCCAUGGAGAUCCAGGAUAUGUGGACACAAUUGCCAAUAGGAGAAACACCUCACAAGCCAGACAAACCCCAUUCCAGGACCUGAGCGACCUAUCGUUAUCCUUAGAGGACAACCCACCACCAGAGAGCUUUGGGGCUGGUUGGGGGAGCAGGUUCCUCAAGAAAGCCCCUCCACCUGCUACCAGCCAACCUCCAGCCCUGAGUAGGACCGAGACACAGCCGGUCGAGCCCAAAUAUGUGACCACAUCCCAGAGGAGCUCACAGAGCGUGGCCCUGAGCCGACUGGCCCUCAUAGAGAACCGCAUCCGAAACCGGCAACAAGCCAGGGAUGAACCAGCACUGUCUAAUAGGAGUACACCACCAGCCCCCCAGGAGAGGGAGACGCCCCGGACCCUGUCUGACCAGUCCAGCAGUGACCUCAGCAUGAAGGGAAAACGCUUCCUGAAGAAGACAGCGAAUGCAUCAUCUACACCUGCUGUAGUUCCCAAGGAGAAAGGCCCGGAUCUGGAUCUCAUGCCAUUGGGUGGUUUCAAAGCCCCUACUCCUCUAGUCAGGGUGGCCAGUCGAGGUGUGACUCUGGACAGUGAUGAGGAGGAUAUGAGGAAGCUCCUGGGAGGCUCUUUUGAGUCAUCAGAGAAUAGCCUGCACAAAGAAGCAAGAGUGUCCUCACAGACAACUAGAAAGUCCUUCGUCAAAAGAAGCCAAAAGGUUUCACCCUCACCUCCACUGGUAGACUGGCCAUCCUCAGUCAGGGCACUGUCCCGCUCCCCACCCUUUCCUCAACGACUCGGGUCCCCCGAUCGCUUCUCCAGCCGAGCCCUGGCACAGCACAGCCCUUCUCUCUCCAUCCGCAGUGCCUCAGUGGUCCUCUCUCCAUCGCCCUCUCCCCCCAACACUCCCUCCCUAGGCAGACAGGGCUCCCCCCGGGCCAGACACUUCAAGUGCUCCCAGUCCUCAGUGUCAGCCCUCAGCGAGGUGCGCUCCCUGGAGGAGCUCUUCCCUGAGGCCUUGGGCUCCCUGGUGGAGAUCUACCCUGAGGACCUGCCCUCUGACGAUGCCAUGAGUGAGAAAAGUGGGGUCUCUGAUGAAUUCAAGCUUAACAUUAUGUCACUGGACGACCUGGCACCGGUCAUCACGCUUGGAAUGUCUGAGAACAAAAAAAUUAAAAAGAAAGAAACCAAAGCGGUCAAGCACAAGGACCCUGCUCCUAGAUCAUUUAUCGAGGAAGUUUCUGGUGAGGAGCAGAUCCCAUCAGAGGAGCCCAGGGAGGACUAUGAGAGUGACUUUGAGAGUGAGAUCAGGACUGAGACAGACAGGAGUAGGGUGAGUGAGAUCUCUGAGCACCUGGGAGACAGGGACAAGGACGUGUCGGAGGUCAGGAACUACAUAGUCUCGGACACAUCCCGGCAAGACAAGUACUCCAGUGUCUCGGAGGGGGACAGUCACAUCAACACAGACUACAGUAGAACCGCUGAUUCAUUCAGUGGCAGAAGCAACAAGGGUUCCUAUUCCCGAUCAUCAUCUCGCUCCCACUCUGUGGCUGACACUAUCACGCCGUCUAGUGUGUGGAAAAGACGCUCGCCCAGCAGAAGGAGCGUCAGAGAGGCUGCGGUGCAGACCCAAGCAGACGGACUGGCCUACACCUGGUCCUCCGUCUGUGUAGGUAUGGCUGCCCUGGGGCCAGCGGUGGGGAUGGCCUACGUGGAUCCAACCCCUGUUGCAAGUCACACCAUUAGUGCAGAGGCUGUGGAGGCCCUCAGUGCGUACAGCCCUGCUGUGUUUGCCCUUAAUGACAUGCUGAGGCAGCAGCUGGCCCUCACCAAACACUUUGUCCAGACCAGCCGCCACCUCCACUCCUCCUUACUGCAGUCCCUGGGCCCUGCAGACUACACCUACACCACUCUGGAGGACACCAAGGAGUUCAUUCGCUGUCACAAGUCUCCCCAGCUGACCAUGGAAGAGGCCUUGGAGGAGGUUCUUCAGGAAAUGAGAGAGUAUCACUAUAUCUGACAACCAGGAGGUGCCUGGACUGCACUCAGCACUGGAAAUGUAUGGACACUUUACAUGGUACUAUUAAAACAUUUUAUACCAGAUCAGUUUUGUAAUAAAAAAUGUUUUAUUAGUUGGGGCAUGUGAGACUGACCUACAGAUCAGGACAUCCUUAUGACAAGAUAAUUUACUGUGUCAUGUUCAAUAGAAUGUACCAUUUUUAUAUUGAGAUCAAUGAGGACAUGUAAACAUUUGUAAUGCUGUUCAAUAAAAAGUUUAAGAACUGGAAUCAUGUAAAAAAAAAAUGUUUACCUUGAUAUUAAAUGGACCAUCUUUGAUGCUUGA